CACGACAUUCCCAGUGGAGCGCAGCAUGCGGAGAGCCCACCGUCAGCAGCCGGGUUUGUGAAUAGCUCUGGCUGCUCAUGGCAGCAGACGGGGCGGGGGUGGUCCGCGGGGCUGCCGGCUGUCUGUGUGUCCUCUGCGGGCUUCCUGCGGCCGGAAAGUCGUCUCUGGCUGCCGGGAUGCUCGCUGCCGCUGCGCGGCGCGGGUGGAGAGCCGCGGCGGUGGAGUACGACCGACUGAUCCCCGAUCAGGCUUUCAGGGCCAUGGCAGUGGAGGACGGUGUCAAACUGGAAGACAUGCACAGCCAGUGGAAGCUCCACAGACAAGCAGUGCUGCAGUGUCUCGAGCAGUUCUUGAGGAACCCUGUGGAAGUGAUGGCAGAUCAGCCGAGCAGCUCUCGGAUCAACAGCGAGGCCUGGGAGCGAUGCAUUCAAGGUGUGCUCCAUCCUGAAGGGUCGAACGAUGACCCCGCCCCCCUCCUCUUUCUGCUGGAUGACAACUUCUACUAUCCAAGCAUGAGAUAUGAAGUGUGCCAGCUUGCAAGAAAGUGUUCGCUGGGGUUCUGUCAAGUCUACCUGCAGUGUGAUUUGGAGUCCUGCAUCAGCAGAAACCAGAGCAGGUCCACGCCGGUUCCCUCUGAAGUGAUACUGGAAAUGGUAAAGCGAUUGGAGCCUCCGAAUCCACAGAAGAACUCAUGGGAGAAGCACAGCAUUUCAUUGAACACUACCGAGAAUUUAUCUGAAUGUGAUAUUCAAAGCGUGAUGGACUUGAUCUCCUCUGCCCUGAGGAACCCACUAAGUCCAGUGGAGGAUAACUCUGAGCAAAAGGAGGCUGACCGUUUGAAAUGUGCCAACAGCGUGAUCCACCAGGCUGACCAGGCCUGCCGGCGCUUAAUCUCUGAAGCCAUGAAGACCGCUCGAGAAAGCCGGCUCUCUUCUGAACACAUGCGGACUGUGGCCGCCCAGCUGAACGAGACCAAAGCAACGUUUCUUCAAAACCUGCGGACGCAAAUCCUGGAAGAAGUGCCUUUCAUGCAGGAAGAGGAUGUAAAUGUUGAACUUGUGGUUAAAAAAGCAGUGGCCAUUUUUGAUGAAAAAAGGAAGGAACUUCUACUUGGAAUAAUCAACAGUCAAAAAUGACUCUUUUAAUCAAAAUAUAAGUUGAAUUGAAUGUCAAAUGCAGUCAUUGUAAUUGUACUUGUUUUCAAGUAAAGACAUCGUACAGCAGAACCACUGAGACAUAUUGAAACAAACUCAAAAUGUACAUAUUUUUGUUUUAUUUUUAAAAUAAACUGAAACAUCUUCAAA